GCAACAUCACAACAACCACCACAACCACCCCUCUACUUCGACCACCGCCAUUACCUUUGUCCUCUGAGCCGUCGGCCGAAGACGCGUCGCUGUUGACCACCUACCCCAGCGGAACUGCCGAAAAUACAUUCGAGUCUUUUGUUCUGCCUCUAGUCUUUUCGAUGCUGCACCUGUAGACAGAGUACGGCGUCCGUGUCCAGUCGAUCAAAAUUGGACUCGCCGAUAAGUCGUCCUCGUCUCGCCGCCACCUGAUACCACCCACCACAACCACACUAUCGAGCCUCAAUUCUUGUCAAGAUGGCCGACCACUAUCGAGAUGUGUCGCAGUAUAAGUACUCGGCCAUGUCCAACCUGGUCCUCCAGGCGGACCGGCGAUUUGUCACGCGACGAACCGACGAGGCCACCGGCGACCCCGAGUCUCUCGCCGGCCGUUUGAGGAUCGCUGACAUGGGCUCCCGUGUUGCGCGCGACCAGGUGCCCAAGCCGAAGAAGCCCACCGGCUUACCCGACGUCGAAAGGGGAGAUGUGCAAGAGGGUCAAGAUAUCCUGGCCCGUGAACAACGGAAACGGAGAGGGGACCCGUCACAGAGGCGCGCCACCGGCAUUCUGGGGCAGACAGACCUGCUAGUCGAAGGUCUUAGAUAUCGGCCGCGCAUCCCGGCCACCCGUGCCACCUAUGACCUGAUAUUAAAUAUCGUUGCUAAUAGCCUAGGCGAUGUGUCCUACGAGAUUGUCUUGAGCGCCGCCGACGCCGUUUUGGAAUAUCUUAAGGACGAGGACAUGAAAGAUUUCGAUAAGAAGAAGGAGAUUGACGACCUGUUAGGCGCGACGCUGAACCCUAAGCAGUUCAACGAGCUGGUCAACCUAGGCAAGAAAAUCACAGAUUAUGAUACCCAAAAUGAUGACGAGGAGAUGGAUGCCGGAGCCGGAGCGGCCGAAGGUGACGAAGAACUCGACGAACGCCAGGGUGUUGCCGUUGUUUUUGAUGACGAGGACGAAAACGAAGAGGCGGCUAUGGUUAAUGAAGUACGAGACGAAUCCUCCGAUGACGAGGCGGCCCCCGACGAUGACGAACAAGAUCUGCCUGGCCAGGAGGAGCAGGCCACGGCCGGUGGCGCAGGGGAAGAUCGAGAUCAGGAGGAGGCCGGCUUAGCUGACGGCGAUGAUAUGCUUAUCGACUCGGGGCUGCCCGACGGCAAGGGUACGGAGAGGUCCAAGAAGAGCAACUACAUCCCUGCGCGUCAAAUAGACGCCUACUGGCUGCAGAGAGAGAUCGGUAACAUAUAUACCGAUGACCACAUCCGGCACGAGAAAACCACCCAAGCGUUGCAUAUCCUCUCCGGCGAACCGGACGAAGCUGGCGGGGACGAGAAGCAACUCAGGGAGGUCGAAAACGAGCUGAUGGAGCUUUUUGACUAUGAACAUCACGAAGUCGUCCAGAAGCUCAUCGAGAACCGGGAGAAGAUCGUGUGGCUUACGCGGCUAGCGAAAGCCGAGGGCGACGAAGAGAGGGGUGUUGUCGAACGGGAGAUGGCCUCCGAAGGUGUUAAAUGGAUCUUGGACGAGCUCCGGGGCAAAAAGAGCGCCGAAGGCUCCAAGAAGAUGGAGAUUAAGAUGGACAUCGACGUGCCGGCCUCCUUCAAUACGGCGGCGCCAAAGGCCGAGCGGGCGGAUGGCCAACUGGUCGGCGGCUUGCAGCCACGAAAGUACAUCAAUCUCGAAAACCUCGUUUUCGACCAAGGCAAUCAUCUUAUGACGAACCCGAGAGUUAUACUCCCCGACGGCUCGACGAAGCGAACCUUCAAGGGCUACGAGGAAAUCCACGUGCCCCCACCCAAGAAGCGCAGCCAGGCGGACGAUAGCAAUAUCCCCAUUACCGACAUGCCCGAAUGGGCGCGCACGCCUUUCAGCUCGGCUAAAUCUCUCAAUAAAAUUCAGUCCAAGUGCUACCCAUCAGCGUUCGAAGAUGACGGGAACAUGCUCAUCUGCGCCCCCACUGGCAGUGGAAAGACGAACGUGGCUAUGCUGACUAUCUUGAGGGAGCUCGGGAAGCACAGAGAUCCGCAGACGGGGGAUAUCGACUUGGAUGCUUUCAAGAUCGUCUACAUCGCUCCUCUGAAGGCUCUCGUCCAAGAGCAAGUUGGGAAUUUCGGUGGCCGCCUAAAGCCGUACGGCAUCACGGUGUCCGAAUUGACCGGCGACAGGCAGCUUACCAAGCAACAGAUUUCCGAGACGCAGAUAAUUGUCACAACCCCUGAAAAAUGGGACGUCAUUACGCGAAAGGCCACGGAUCUGACCUACACAAACCUCGUGCGAUUGAUAAUCAUCGAUGAGAUUCACCUUCUGCAUGACGAGCGAGGCCCCGUCAUCGAAAGCAUCGUCAGCAGGACGAUAAGGAAGACGGAGCAGACUGGAGACCCCGUGAGGCUCAUCGGGUUGUCCGCCACACUGCCCAACUAUAAGGAUGUAGCGAGCUUCCUCCGCGUGGACCCUGCUAAGGGGCUUUUCCAUUUUGACGGGUCUUACCGGCCGUGUCCUCUCAGGCAAGAAUUCAUCGGUGUUACCGACAAGAAGGCUAUCAAACAACUGAAGACCAUGAAUGACAUAACUUACAACAAGGUCAUCGAGCAUGUGGGCACCAACCGGAACCAGAUGCUCAUCUUCGUGCACUCCCGAAAAGAAACUGCAAAGACGGCGAGGUAUAUUCGAGAUAAAGCUCUGGAGCUGGAGACCAUCAACCAAAUUUUGAAGCACGACUCGGGUUCUAGGGAAGCUCUCAACGAAAUCGUCAACGAUAUAUCGGACGCGGAUCUGAAGGAUCUUCUUCCCUAUGGAUUCGGUAUCCACCAUGCUGGUAUGAACCGUGUUGACCGAGAUGAGGUCGAGGGACUCUUCGCUGCUGGUUUGAUCCAGGUCCUCGUCUGUACGGCCACUCUCGCCUGGGGCGUUAACUUACCAGCACAUACUGUCAUCAUCAAGGGUACUCAGGUUUACUCUCCAGAGAAAGGUAGCUGGGUAGAAUUGAGCCCGCAAGAUGUCCUGCAGAUGUUGGGUCGCGCCGGGCGACCUCAGUAUGAUACAUAUGGUGAAGGUAUCAUAAUCACAUCUCAAAACGAGAUGAAGUAUUACCUAUCGCUUCUCAACCAGCAAUUGCCGAUCGAGAGUCAAUUUGCUAGCAAACUCGUGGACAACUUGAACGCUGAGAUUGUCCUUGGUAAUGUUCGAAGUCGCGAUGAAGGGGUAGAAUGGCUUGGUUACACGUAUCUAUUCGUCCGGAUGCUAAGGUCACCCGGUCUGUAUAGCGUCGGAGCCGACUACGAGGACGAUGAAGCGUUAGAACAAAAACGGGUUGAUCUUAUACACUCGGCAGCAAGUGUGCUGAAGAAAUCUAACUUGAUCACCUAUGACGAAAAAACCGGAAAGGUCAAGGCAACCGAACUCGGAAGAAUAGCAUCUCAUUAUUAUAUUACGUAUGGAUCGAUGGACACUUACAACAGGCUCAUCCAGCCUUCGAUCACGACGAUCGAACUCUUCCGCGUUUUCGCCCUCAGCGCCGAGUUCAAGUACAUUCCCGUUCGUCAAGAUGAGAAAUUGGAGCUCGCAAAGCUUCUCGGCCGGGUGCCAAUCCCCGUGAAGGAGAGCGUCGAGGAGCCGCAUGCCAAAAUCAACGUCCUCUUGCAGGCUUACAUUUCCCGCCUUAAGCUCGAAGGCCUGGCCCUCAUGGCUGACAUGGUAUACGUUACGCAAUCCGCAGGCCGUAUUCUCCGGGCCAUCUUCGAGAUUACCCUCCAGAAAGGAUGGGCUCACGUCGCCAAGACAGCGUUAGACUUGUGCAAGAUGGCAGAGAAGCGGAUGUGGCCGACCAUGACACCGCUACGGCAGUUCCCCCGUUGCUCGCGAGAUGUCGUAUCCAAGGCCGAAAGGAUAGAUGUCCCAUGGAACAGCUAUUUCGACCUGGACCCUCCCCGGAUGGGGGAGUUGCUUGGGCUUCCGAAAGCAGGCCGCACAGUGUGCGACCUAGUAGCUAAGUUCCCUAGGGUCGAAAUCCAGGCUCAGGCUCAGCCGAUGACACGCUCUAUGCUUCGGGUGGAAUUGUCCAUCACGCCCAAUUUCCAAUGGGACGACGAAGUUCACGGGCUGGCGGAGGGUUUCUGGAUCAUCGUUGAAGAUUGCGACGGUGAGGACAUUCUGUUCCACGACCAGUUCCUUUUGCGCAAGGACUACGCAAUCUCGGAAUCCAACGAGCAUGUUGUAGACUUCACCGUUCCCAUCACGGAACCAAUGCCUCCCAAUUACUUCAUUUCCGUCAUUUCCGACAGAUGGAUGCACUCGGAGACAAAGCUGGCUGUCUCGUUUCAGAAGCUUAUCCUCCCCGAGAAGUUCCCACCCCAUACUCAGCUUCUUGAUCUCCAGCCUCUUCCGGUUGCCGCCCUCAAGGCUAAGGAUUAUUCAAAUCUGUACGAAUCUUGGAACUACUUCAACAAGAUCCAGACCCAGACCUUCAAUUCCCUCUACACUACGGAUGACAACGUCUUGAUUGGUGCCCCAACCGGCAGCGGGAAGACUGUCUGUGCCGAGUUUGCACUCUUGCGCCUUUGGUCGAAACCAGAAAUCGGCCGCGCCGUCUAUAUCGCGCCGUUCCAAGAGCUCGUUGACACCAAAUACCAAGACUGGAAGAAGCGGCUUGGCCAUCUCCGCGGCGGCAAAGAGAUAGUUAAGCUCACCGGAGAAACGGCGACAGACCUCAAGUUGCUCGAGAAAGGUGAUCUUAUUUUGGCCACGCCGACGCAAUGGGACGUCCUCUCCCGACAAUGGCAGAGGCGCAAGAACAUCCUUACCGUUGAGUUGUUCAUCGCCGACGAGCUCCAUCUGCUCGGCGGCCCGCUCGGGUACAUAUACGAGAUAAUCGUAUCGCGGAUGCAUUACAUUCGUACCACCGCUAGUCUAGCGAUGAGGAUUAUCGGAUUAAGCGUCUCGCUUGCGAAUGCCCGGGAUAUUGGCGGAUGGAUCGACGCCAAAAAGAAGGACAUAUACAACUUCAGUCCACACGUUCGCCCUGUACCCCUAGAGCUUCGCAUCCAAUCUUUCUCUAUCCCUCAUUUCCCGUCGCUUAUGCUUGCGAUGGCCAAGCCGGCGUACCUGGCAAUCACUGAACUGUCUCCCGAUCAGCCGGCUCUCAUCUUCGUCCCGAGCAGGAAACAAACGAGGUCAAGUGCUCGCGAUAUUCUCGCAGCUUGCCUAGCGGACGACGACGAAGAUCGCUUCCUGCAUGCAGACGUCGACCAACUUCGACCGCUUCUAGAACGUAUCCACGAGGAAGCUUUGGCUGAGGCACUUUCACAUGGCAUCGGCUACUACCACGAGGCCCUCAGCCAGAGCGACAAGCGCAUUGUUCUCCACCUGUACAACCAGGGUGCCAUACAGGUCCUGGUUGCAUCUCGCGACGUAUGCUGGGAGCUCGAUUGUACGGCACACUUAGUAGUGGUGAUGGGGACUCAGUAUUUUGAGGGCCGUGAACACCGUUACGUCGACUACCAGUUGAGCGAAGUGCUCCAGAUGUUUGGAAAAUCACUGCGUCCAUCGAAGGAAGGCCGAAGCCGAGGGGUUUUGAUGGUCCCGGCCGUCAAGAGAGAAUACUUCAAGAAGUUCUUGAACGAAGCUCUGCCGGUCGAGUCGCAUCUCCACAAUUUCGUGCACGACGCCUUCGUCACCGAAGUCAGCACCAAGAUGAUCGAGUCCGCGGACGAUGCAAUUAACUGGACGACCUUUACGUACUUUUACCGCCGACUCCUAGCCAACCCUAGCUACUACAGCCUGACAAGUCCGACGCACGACGGCCUAAGCAGCUAUCUAUCGGACCUCGUCGAGACAACUCUCAAAGAGCUAACAGAAUCAAAGAUUAUCGACUUUGACGAAGACGACGGCUCAGUUGCUCCCCAAAACGCAGCCAUGAUCGCGGCCUACUACAACAUCUCGUACAUCACAAUGCAGACUUUCCUCCUGUCCUUGAGCGCGAAGACAAAGCUCAAGGGAAUACUGGAGAUCGUAACGUCGGCGACAGAAUUUGAAGCGAUACAGAUCCGACGCCACGAAGACAAUCUUCUCCGUCGCAUCUACGACAGGGUUCCGGUUAAAAUGACCGACCCAGCGUACGACUCACCGCACUUUAAAGCGUUCGUACUGCUACAAGCACACUUCUCCCGGAUGCAGCUCCCUAUCGACCUGGCUAAAGAUCAAGAACUAGUCGUGUCGAAGGCGUUGAGUCUCCUGAGCGCAUUGGUCGAUGUUCUUUCCUCCGAUGGACAUCUCAACGCCAUGAACGCCAUGGAAAUGUCGCAGAUGGUUGUCCAGGCCAUGUGGGACCGCGACAGUCCCUUGAAGCAAAUCCCCCAUUUCACGCCCGAAGUCGUGAAGGCGGCUAACGAGUUCGCGAUCAACGAUAUCUUUGAUUUCAUGGAAGCCAUGAACCCCGAGGAGAAUCCCAAUUACGGCAAGCUCGUCAAGCGUCUGGGCCUAUCCCAGAGCCAGCUCGCCCAGGCGGCGGCAUUCACGAACAACAAGUACCCAGAUAUCUCUCUCGAAUUCGAGCUCCUCGACCAGGAUAACAUCCGGGCGGGAGAACCAGCGUACAUAAGCGUCCAGAUCGAGCGUGAGGUGGACGAGGAAGAAGGGGAAAUCGAUACGACGGUUCAUGCUCCAUUCUACCCCACCAAGAAAGUGGAGAAUUGGUGGCUGGUGGUCGGGGAGGAGAGCACGAAGACCCUGCUCGCAAUCAAGAGGGUCACCAUCGGGCGGCAGCUCAAGGUCAAGCUGGAGUACACGGUCCCGACGGCCGGAAAGCACGACCUGAAGCUCUUCUUAAUGAGUGACAGCUACGUCGGCGUGGACCAGGAGCCGACCUUCUCCGUCACAGUAGCGGAGGGUAUGGAUGUGGACGACGACGAGGAGGAAGACGAGGAAGACGAGUGAUGAGGUGCCCAAAGGCGUCGGGUCCUAUGGGGCUCCUUCAGGUGGGAAGACGCCGGGUUGGUGUACGAACAGCUUACUGUACAUAUAGCGAGAGGCCAUCCGGAACGCAAUAGAAGCCGCGUGACGAACCACGCAGGGAAAGGGGACAGGUUUAAAAAAAAAGAUUGAUCGCUAGUUCCGCCUCUAUGCCGCGGGCCCGUCCCGUACCGCCGGUGCCAGCCGUGAUGAUC